CCGAUCUCUUCAACUUCUGCAGAUAAGGCAUUGUUUCACUCAGUGUCUCAAAAUCCUCACGAGAGUUCACACUCACAGUGUCACCAUGGGCUCCCAAGUUCUUCCGCAGGUUAUGCAUAUGAUCCCGAUAAAUUCUUCUCAAUCUCUCCCUUCAAAGAAGCUAGGGUUUUCGACUGUUCUUUCUCUUGGGUCCUACAGCGGUCAUAGGGUUUCCGUGUCUAAAGUUUCGGCGAGGCCAGUUGGGUGGAAUUUGGGCUUGUUUGUAAAUGCACCAAUGAGAGGCGACUUUGCGGUGAGGGCGGAGUCUAAUGAAGUGGAAGCGAGUGAAAGUGUUGAAGAGAAGGAACGGGAUGUUGUUGAAGCAGAAGGAGAUGGUGAAGAAGCAGAAGCCGAAACCGAAGCUGAGGAAGAAGUGAAAACACCGAGAAAGCCCAUUGUUAAGCUCGGAGAUAUAAUGGGGAUAUUAAAUAAGAGGGCAGUUGAAGCAUCUGAGAAGGAAAGACCGAUCCCAGAUAUUAGAACGGGUGAUAUCAUUGAGAUUAAAUUGGAAGUUCCUGAAAACAGGCGUAGGUUGUCCAUUUACAAAGGGAUUGUUAUGUCAAGACAAAAUGCCGGUAUCCACACUACCAUUCGAAUCCGUAGGAUUAUUGCCGGUAUAGGGGUGGAGAUCGUGUUCCCUCUUUACUCACCAAACAUUAAGGAGAUAAAAGUAGUCAAACACCGGAAAGUCAGGAGGGCACGGCUGUACUAUUUGAGAGACAAGCUUCCUAGAUUCUCCACUUUCAAAUGAGACCACUAAUGUUUGUGCCUUCAACAAAGUUUCCCCGAACCUGAGAUAUUGUAAAAGCUGUAAUUCCUUAUUCCAUUUUUUUUAUC